AUGAAGCUGACAUCUUCAGACCUGUCCAUCCCCUCCUUCGUCCUGGGCGCAUUGACCGCCGGCGGCGGCAUCGCCGGCUACGCCCGUACUGGCUCUCUGCCGUCCAUCAUCGCCGGCGUCAGCGUCGGUCUUCUUUACGGCCUCGGCGGCUACCGCAUCCAGAACCGCGAGUCUUUCGGCGUCGAGCUCAGUCUCCUCGCCUCGGCCGUCCUUGGCGGCUCCUCCAUCCCUCGCGCCAUCCGCCUCCGCAAGCCCGUGCCCAUCCUGCUCAGCGUCCUGUCCGUCUUUGGCCUGUUCACCUUUGGCAGCGAGUUCCGUCGCACCUUGUAA